CCCACUGUUGGAAAAUCGAUGCGAAAAGUAUAAUCCGUCGCUAAUGAAAACAAUUUCAAUGGCGGACUGCUAGAAGUUUACAAAUGGCGGAGAAGCAGUUCAAGUUGAAGUUCGAUGGAGCGAACGCAAAAGCUGUUGACGAAUAUUUAGAAUACUCCAGGAUAGUGGGAGAAGAUGAUGGGGGAGAACUGUUCACACCUGAGCAGUAUGAAGAGUAUAAGAAGAAGGUCCUACCAAUGAGAAUCAAGAACCGCCUGUACACCUGUUGGACAGGUCCAACCGGCAUGGACUGUAAACUAGUCGGACCGGAGACGCCAUGCUUUUGCAAACACAGGUACAAACAACACAAGACAGACUUUGAAGUCAUUCCGACGGAUCGGCCCAUCCUCCUUCCUUGUAAACAGAAAGGCUGCAAGUGUGUGUCCUACAAUUACGUCCCAAUGAACGGAAGCCAACCUAUCCGCUGCACAUGCAAGCAUACGUCAGAGGAGCAUUUCGAGUUUGAUCCUUUCAUUUGCAAACGCACACAGACAGGAGGAGGCUGCACCAAGUGUGCUGGGUUUAAGAGUUCCUUUACCUGUGGGUGUGGCGCUCCGGUCAAGGAACACACGAUGAUCGUGGAGACGGGCGAGGAGCGGGAGGCCCGGGGCCACCCCCUAGGGGAGUCCACGCCUUACGCUGCCAUGGGAGGAAUCACCGGCUUCUCGUCGCUAGCUGACGGGUACCAGCGACUGGACCCCAGUGGAAAAGGGGCACCAAACAAGGGUUAUUUGGAGCAGUCAAUUACAUCUAACGACAACCCGUUCUUACGAGCUAACGUGCAGGCCAUUAAAGCUCACCAGAUGAGGAAAGAGGGAAAAGGUCUGACAAACCCUGAUGACGAAAUGUUUGAUGACAUCACAGAGCGCGUGUCUCAGAUGCGACGACCAGGGGAGGAAGACAUGGCAUACUACGAAAGACGAUAUCAGGAGAGACGACAAGUAGUCCCCAGUGGUGCGCAAGGAUUGGACAACGGUGCACUCCGUCCCGGAAGUAGGAAAGCCAUCGAACAAAAACCAGGUUCCGGACGAAGACCUGCGUCUAAAAAGUGAAGAUCAGGGUCUAUAUAAUGUUUGACUGUAUGUUGAUUAAAGUGUGUGAUUGAGACGUUUUCAUAUAUUUAUUUAUUAUCAUUGAACAUUGAGCCAAAUCAGAUCAUUACGUUGUAUCGUGUUGGUUUGUUUUGUUGAAUUACUGUACCAGGAUUUUUGCGGUACAAGAGACAUGCGUUUUAAACGAAAGGGAGGCUUUCGGUAUGGAAAUAAGAAAUUAGAUUAGAUUUAAGCUUAUUUAUGUUUUUCCUCAUUUCUUUUUCUUCAUAUGUUCCUCGAUUAUGUUGUAUAAAGAUAAACCAUAUAAAAUGUAUAUAUAACCAUAUUUAUGUAAUAGCUCAUAUCUUAUAGUGUUGAGGUAAAUUUUUUUUCUUUGGCAAUAAAUCGAUCAUUGAUAUUUACAAUUUUGACAAAACUUUCCAAUUUAUAAAUUGUGUUUCAUUUUUGUUGUUUUCAUAAUCAGCGACAGUUUGAUUAUUAUUUUUUAAAUACACCUAAAGCAAACUUGUAUAGCGCUUAAUUGCCUGUUGAAUAGUUUUGAAGCAGCAAAUUUUUAUUGCAUUAUUUGGAACUAUAACUUUUCCUUUCCCUUUAAAAUAUAUUCUGAGGUGAUGUCCCCUAACUGAUAGAUCUAGAAAUUAACGCUUUUAUGUAUUUUAAGAACCAUGUUCAGUAGAUUAUUUAUUAUAAAAGUCUUAUUUAUAUGUAUGUACUGGAGGUGCAUUGAAAAAAGCAAUAAUAUAGUGCAACUAUG